CCAUCUCCACUGGCUCCGGUUUGAGUGUGUGAGCUCGCGACGGCGUCAUGGCGGAGGCCGGCUGUUGUAGCACUCACGGCUGAGAUGCCUGCUAGCUUCUCCGGCUCUUCUUCUUACGGAAUACAAAGAAAUUUCAAAGGCAGACAGUUUUUUUUGGAAGGGAAAGGGGGAACCUAAACAAAAACUUGACUCGGUAGAAAAAGUUGGACUGUUUUGCUCUCUCUCUCACACAGAGAGCUAGCCUAGCCGCGGUUAGCCGCUAACGCUAACUGGGUGAGAAAAACAAGAAAAAAGGACGCGGAGUUUCGGCUACGGAGCCGACUGGCGCCCGCUGUAGCCAGGUGAGCGCCACUGUACAAAGCUGGAGGUUUGGGAUAUUUGAGGACCUGUUCAGGCCAAGUAGCAAACAUUGGUUGUUUUGGAGACCCAAAUAUUUAAACCACAGCCAUGGAUGGCCGCAGUGAAGAUGAAAGUGUGAGCAACAGCAGCGGAGAUUCCAGUAACUCGGACGAUGAGUCUGGGUCUGGGUCUGGAUCUGGUUCCGGCUCUGGUUCCAGCUCCAGCAGCAGCAGCUCCAGUAGCAGCCAGUCAGGGAGCAGCGACUCAGGAAGUGGCUCAGACUCGGGAAGCCAGUCCGAUUCUGAUUCUGAAAAGUCCAAGGGGAAGAAUGGUCAGAAUAUCUCUGCCAAGAUUGAUUCAGCAGAAUUUUGGAAAUCUAAUCCCAGUAUCCUGGCAGUGCAGAGGUCAGCUAUGCUCAGGAAACAGCAGCAACAACAGCAACAGAGCUCCUCAAACAGUGACUCAGAUGAGGAAUCCUCAAGUAGUGAUGACUCAGACGAUGACUCUUCCAGGAAGCGAAAGAGUAAAGGGACUGGUUCUGACUCCGAUUCUGGGUCUGGCUCUGGAUCUGGUUCAGGGAGUGACUCGUCCAAUUCUUCAGCUGAAGAAGAGGCAGAGAACAGUGAAGAGUCAGUUUCAGACUAUGAGCCGAGCCACAAAGUUAAAAGCAGAAAGCCACCUAACAAGACUAUUGCCAGAAAUGGAAAAAAGAGCAAGGUUUCAAAAAAGAAGCCCUCAGCCUCUUCGUCAGACGAGGAGGACGAUUAUAAAAAGGCUCUGGCAGGUCCUCGGAGGCAGGCUACGGUGAACGUCAGCUAUAAAGAGGAUGAAGAACUGAAAACGGACUCUGAUGACUUGGUGGAGGUGUGUGGGGAGGACGUCCCACCGCCUGAGGAGGAUGAGUUUGAGACUCUGGAAAGAGUAAUGUGCAUAAGAAUAGGACGAAAAGGAGCCACUGGGGCCACCACGACAGUCUAUGCUGUUGAGGCUGAUGGAGACCCUAAUGCCAACUUCAACCCAAACAAGCAGCCAGGAGAUGUGCAGUACUUGAUCAAAUGGAAAGGCUGGUCACACAUUCACAACACCUGGGAGACGGAGGAGACACUGAAGCAGCAGAACGUGAAGGGCAUGAAGAAACUGGACAAUUUCAAAAAGAAGGAGCAGGAAAAGAAGAAAUGGCUGAAAACCGCUUCACCUGAGGAUGUGGAAUACUUCAACUGCCAGCAGGAACUCAUGGAUGACCUGCAUUCACAGUAUCAGCUUGUGGAGAGAAUUAUUGGCCAUUCAAAUCAGAAGUCAGCAGCAGGCUACCCAGACUACUUAUGCAAAUGGCAAGGGCUUCCAUAUUCAGAAUGCAGCUGGGAAGAUGGGGCACUUAUUGCUAGAAAAUUCCAGAAGUGCAUAGAUGCCUACAUGAGCCGGAACCAGUCCAAAACAAUCCCCUUCAGGGACUGCAAGGUUUUAAAGGUGAGGCCGCGGUUUGUGCCAAUGAAGAAACAGCCUCAUUAUAUCGGUGGAGAAGGACUUGAGCUUCGAGACUACCAGCUGGACGGCUUAAACUGGAUGGCCCAUUCGUGGUGCAAAGGGAACAGUUGUAUUCUAGCUGAUGAGAUGGGCCUUGGAAAGACCAUUCAGACCAUCUCCUUUCUGAACUAUCUGUUUAAUGAGCACCAGCUCUACGGACCGUUUCUACUGGUGGUGCCCUUGUCUACACUUACCUCCUGGCAGAGGGAAAUCCAUCUCUGGGCCCCACAGAUGAACGUAGUUGUCUACCUGGGUGACAUCAGCAGUAGGAACAUGAUCAGAACACAUGAGUGGAUGCAUGCCCAGAACAAGCGGCUAAAGCUCAACAUCCUUCUAACUACAUAUGAAAUCCUCCUGAAAGAUAAGUCAUUUCUGGGGAACGUGAGCUGGGCAUUCAUUGGUGUGGACGAGGCCCACAGGUUGAAGAAUGAUGAUUCCCUUUUGUAUAAGACCAUGAUUGAGUUCAAGUCCAACCACCGGCUCCUUAUCACUGGAACACCUCUGCAGAAUUCCCUCAAAGAGCUAUGGUCACUCCUCCAUUUCAUCAUGCCAGAGAAGUUUCACUCGUGGGAGCAGUUUGAGGAAGAGCAUGGUAAAGGCAGGGACUCAGGCUACACAAGCUUGCACAAGGAGCUGGAGCCUUUCCUGCUACGCAGGGUCAAGAAGGAUGUGGAGAAGUCACUGCCUGCCAAGGUUGAACAGAUCCUUAGGGUGGAGAUGAGUGCCAUCCAGAAACAAUACUACAAGUGGAUCUUGACGAGAAACUACAAGGCACUCAGCAAAGGCACAAAAGGAAGCACGUCUGGUUUUCUCAACAUCAUGAUGGAGCUGAAGAAGUGCUGUAACCACUGCUACCUCAUCAAACCACCAGAGGAUAAUGACUUCCACAACAAAACAGAGGCCUUGCAGCACUUAAUCCGCAGUAGCGGGAAGCUGGUACUUCUGGACAAGCUCCUGGUGCGGCUGAAGGAGCGUGGCCACCGUGUGCUCAUCUUCUCCCAGAUGGUCCGGAUGCUGGACAUCCUUGCAGACUACCUGAGGAGCCGCCAGUUCUUAUUCCAGAGGUUGGAUGGUUCCAUCAAGGGCGAGAUGAGGAAGCAGGCAUUGGAUCAUUUUAAUGCAGAAGGUUCUGAGGACUUCUGUUUUCUGUUGUCCACACGAGCGGGUGGCCUGGGCAUUAACUUGGCUUCUGCAGAUACCGUGGUCAUCUUUGACUCAGACUGGAACCCCCAGAAUGACCUGCAGGCUCAGGCCAGAGCUCACAGGAUUGGGCAGAAGAGACAGGUAAAUAUUUAUCGUUUGGUGACUAAGGGGUCUGUGGAAGAAGACAUCAUUGAGCGAGCCAAGAAGAAGAUGGUGCUGGACCACCUUGUUAUUCAGAGGAUGGACACUACAGGGAAAACAGUCCUUCAUACUGGUGCUGCUCCUUCCAGCAGUUCCACCCCUUUCAACAAAGAGGAACUGUCUGCUAUUUUAAAGUUUGGUGCUGAAGAACUUUUUAAGGAGCCAGAGGGAGAAGAACAAGAGCCCCAGGAGAUGGAUAUUGAUGAGAUUCUGAAGAGAGCAGAGACCAGGGAAAAUGAUCCUGGUCCAUCUACUGUAGGAGAAGAGCUUCUCUCACAGUUUAAGGUGGCAAACUUCUCCAUGAUGGAGGAGGAAGACAUGGACAUGGAUGCAGAUGGCAACCAGAAGACCUGGGAUGCAAUCAUCCCUGAAGAGCAGCGGAGGAGACUGGAGGAAGAGGAGAGGCAGAAGGAGCUAGCAGAGAUUUACAUGCUGCCCCGCAUGAGGAACUGUGCCAAACAGAUAAGCUUUAAUGGUAAUGAGGGCAGGCGGAGCCGGAAUAGAAGAUAUUCUGGCUCUGACAGUGACUCUGCCUCAGACCGAAAGAGGCCGAAGAAGCGAGGCAGACCACGAACUAUUCCUCGCGAGAACAUCAAGGGCUUCAGUGACGCUGAAAUACGAAGGUUUAUCAAGAGUUACAAGAAAUUUGGUGGCCCUUUGGAAAGGCUGGAUGCUAUUGCCCGGGAUGCUGAGCUGGUGGAUAAGUCAGAGCAUGACCUGAGGCGGCUCGCAGAGACGGUACACAAUGGCUGUCUGAAAACACUGAGGGAAAAUCCAUGUGGACCAGAAAAAACCUCAGGAGGCAGGCGAGGGAAGGUGAAGGGACCUACCUUCAGGAUCUCAGGUGUUCAAGUCAAUGCUAAGCUAGUAAUCUCACAUGAGGAGGAACUGGCCCCUUUGCACAAAGCCAUUCCUGCUGACCCAGAGGAGAGGAAGAGGUAUAUGCUUCCUUGCCAUGCAAAGGCAGCUCAUUUUGACAUUGAGUGGGGCAAAGAAGAUGACUCCAGCCUUCUUAUUGGGAUUUAUGAGUAUGGCUAUGGAAGCUGGGAAAUGAUUAAGAUGGACCCAGACCUUAACCUCACCCACAAGCUUUUACCAGACGACCCUGAUAAGAAGCCACAGGCCAAACAGCUCCAGACACGAGCUGACUACCUCAUCAAAUUACUCAGCAAGGACCUCGCCAAAAAGGAGGCCCAGAGGCAAACGGGCACGGCUAAUUCCCGAAAGAGGAAGCCACGGGGAAAGAAGAACAAAACUGUGAAACCGAAAGUGGACGAAGUCAUCAACAGUCUGUCCUCUGCUCCUCCCUCAGAGAAGAGCUCAGAAGAUGAGGAGGACAAGGAAGAUGAAAAGGAAUCCCCACCCAGCAAGCCACCAUCCAACAGAAGAGGGCGAGCUUCUGAUCGGGUGGUAAAGGAGGAGGAGGAGGAGGAGGAAGAAGAAGAGGAGGAGGAGGAGGAGGAACCAGAGCCAGAACCCCACGUUAAAGAGCCAGAGGAGAAGGAGAUAAAAGAGAGGGAGGUAAAGAAAGAUAUCAAAAAGGAGAAGAAAGAGGAAGGUCGGGACAACAAAGAGAAAAAGGAACCCAAAGAGAAGAGCAAGACUAUGGAGUACAGAGUAGAGGAGUCUUUCACAGAGAAGACUCCAGAGAUAAAAGCUGAAGUUCGGGAAAAGAGCAAAAAGGCAGACACACCUGUCCAUAUCACUGCUGGAGGAGAGAAUGUUCCGGUCUCUGAGGAGUCUGAGGAGCUCGACCAGAAGACCUUCAGCGUGUGUAAGGAGCGCAUGCGGCCAGUGAAGGCAGCCUUAAAACAGCUGGAUCGUCCCGAGAAAGGUCUUUCUGAACGUGAGCAGCUAGAGCAUACUCGGCAGUGCCUAAUCAAAAUUGGAGACCACAUCACAGACUGUCUAAAAGAGUACACCAACCUUGAACACAUCAAGCAGUGGAGAAGAAAUCUUUGGAUAUUUGUUUCCAAAUUCACGGAGUUUGAUGCAAGAAAACUGCAUAAACUGUAUAAGCAUGCAAUCAAGAAAAGACAGGAAAACGCUCAGACGGCGGACCAAAACACUAGCACUGUAAAUACACAAACCUUUAGACACACAGACAUUGAAAGGUUAAAGGACUCUCAGCAGGACGAGAGCAGUAGAGACAGCUACAGUUCAGAGCGACACCACUCGACCUCACGCAGCCAUGAGCAGAGCAAAGAGCGCCACUCCAGUGACUCAUACAGGAAAAGCUCAGACUCCAGGAAGAGACCGUACUCCUCCUUCAGCAAUGGCAAAGAUCACCGAGAGCGAGACCACUACAGAGAGCGCCAGGACAGCAGAUAUUACAGUGACAGCAAGCAUAGGAAGCUAGAUGAUCACCGUUCUAGUCGAGACAACUGGUCAGACAGCAACAAUAAGGAGCGUGUACACUCGGAGCACCGCUCCAGCUCAGACUACAGCCACCACAAGGCUUCUCGUGACUACCGCUAUCACUCAGACUGGCAAUUGGAGCAGCGCCCAUCGGGUAGUGGGCCACGUUCUCCUCGAGACCAGAGAUCGCCCUACGACUCCCGAUCGCCCCUGGGCCACCGGUCACCCUUUGAGUACUCUUCUGAGCACAAGACCACGCCCGAGCAGGUCUGGAGUGGUCGUAAGACAUAGCGCUCAAUCAGCCAUAGAUAGACAAACGCAGGAAAUGCCUUAUGGGACUUUUGGCCGCUGUACUGCGCACUUGAGCUUCUCUUUGAGGCUUGGUGCACUCGUCUCUUCUCCAGGCUAAGUUUAAAUAACUGGGGAGUGAACACAAAUUACAUAUUUUUGUAUUUAAUAGUCCUGCUGCACCAUUUCCUAGGUGCAGUAGUGUGAUGUUUCCUUUUUAAUUAUUUUUAUAAAGUGACUACUUUUUUUUUGGGACAUAAAAGAAUCCUAAACGCUCGUGUUCCACCGCUACCCGCGACACUGGAUCCUGGCAUUGACUUACCACAUUUGUAAUGCAGCUCUUGACUUAAAACAGAAGUGUUCAAACAGAGGAAACUAGCAUAAUGUACUGUCUUGAUACUGGGUUAAGAGUAAAAGGGUCUCUUCUGAGCAGCCUGAAGGACUGGGGUUCACCUUCCAAAGUACCUCGUUUACAAUUUUUUUUUUUUUUUUUCUUUUUCAUGUGACCACCAUGCCGUCUUUUUGUUUAUCUUUGCAUCAUGCUUGAAUUAUUUAAUUCUCAGCUGUAACAUAAUCUGGAUUCUGUUUUGGAAGCAUCUGAAAAUGUCAUUUUCAUAAAAUUGUACUACUGUAAAUUAUUGUAUAAAAGUAAAUUGAAUGGGC